CUUAGAUUAGCCGAUCCUUUUUGUGUUUGUAUCUUUUAUUAUUUCUUUUUUUGCUUCGGACCAAUUAAAUUUAUGGUGUAAUUUUCAUUUUUCUAGCUCUAGUUCGAUACCGUUGCUGAUGGACUGUUUGUCCCCGAGAGUAUCAUCACCUCAGUAGUCUGUGCCUCGGUACUAGCAUGCUUGGUAACAUACUUAUGGAAUUUAGUUCUCCGUAGAUAAAUCAUUUUUAAAAAAUUAAGGUUUCAACUCCCUCAGGCAAAGUUUACCUUAGAUGGAUUUUUUUUUUGUUACAGGAUAAAUAAGCUUCCUAGCAACCAGAAAAUACAAAGAGACAUCAUAAACGAAGAAUCUUGUUUUUAAUCAUAUUUGCAAAGCGUGUGUUCAUGUUAUUUUUAGAACGGCCGUACGAUGGACUAAUUCGGAAAUUCCGUCUUUGUAAACCAUGUGUGCAGUCCCAUCGUCUUCGUAUAAACUUUUUCAGUUUUGUUCAACUGUCUUUUCUGUCUUGUUCUAUUUCUGCCAUGCAAUGUGUGACUCCUUCCUUUCUUGUUCUUGUUAAUUAUUGAAAUAAAGAGUUUGUUUUUAAAUAAAUAAAAAAAAACGGUCUGCAUUUGAAAAUAAAAGAAAACCUUCUGGUCUGAAUCUUCAUCUCUGAUGAUUUAAGGACUGGCUUUAAAACAUUAAAACUCAAAGUGAAUUAAGUUUAUCUCUAACUAAUAAUUGAUUGAUUGGUGUUUGCUUUACUCCGCCUCAGCACAAAAAGGCUAUAUCGCGGCGAUACUGAUAAUUGUACUAACGUAUUAAACUACUAGAAAGAUAUUUUACUAUUCAACAAGGCAGAAGGUAAUAUAAAAAUAAGAAGAUGUAGUAUAAUUGCCAAUGAGACAACACUCCACCAGAGACCGAAUGACAUAGAAGUUGACAACUAUAGGUCACCGUACGGCUUUUAAUAAUGAGCAAAACCUAUACUGCAUAGUCAGCUAUAAAAUGCCUCGAACUGACAAAUGUAAAACAGUUCAAACGAGAAAACUAACGGCCUGAUUUAUGUACAAAACAAUGAACGAAAAACAAAUAUGAUAUACAGCCACAAACGACAAACACUGAAUUACAGGCUCAUGACUUGGGUUAGGCACAUACAGAAUGUGGCGGGGUUAAACAUGUUUGCGGCCGCCCAACCCUCCCCCUAACCUAGGACAGUGGUGUAACAGCACAAUAUAUAUACAAAUUAUAUAAAUCUGGCGAAAAGGGCUUAAUUCAUCAUAUCGAUGCAAAGCAGAAAAACAAGUAACAAAAACACAGAACGGACGUGGCAGGGUAUUUAUACAUCCCAACAACAAAAAAGACACAAAGUACAGAUCUGAAAGUACUCGCAGUUACUGACAGCUAGUUCAAAGCUAUAACAACUAAUAAAAAAAAUCGUGUACUUAAGACUAGAGUAUCAAUCAGUAGGCCCGAGAACACAGUUAUUUCGUAGUGCAUUUCUUUUAGACAGUAAAUUCAAAUUAAAAAAAUCGCACCUGCUCUAUCUCGAAAAGAUUUUUACUGUGUAGUGUACUACUAUUGAUACAAAUAAUAUCAAAAUUAUAGAAACUUCUACCAGCUCUAACUCAAAAUAUUGACAAUUCUGUGUUAAGGGGGGCUAAAAAUCAGUUUGACAGCUUCAGACAUUCUAAUUUUUGACCUUUUUUAACUGGACCAAAUCACUACUUAACAUAAAGAUUCAGCACCCAAAUUUUUUUAACAUGUAAUUUCAUCCCCUUAAUAUUUCAUGCAUAAAAUAUCAAGAAAUAACUUGGGAAAGUGUAUAAAAAAAAUGCAAGUUUACACUGUUUUCACUAGGAACAUGCCCUUGUGCAAUGCCACAAUAAAGGUAUUGAAAAUAUUGUAGAACCGUGAAUGUUCAUCUGUUAUUAAAUUUUCUUCUCCGGUACUGAGGUAACUGAUAUAUACACCGUUAGAAUCACUGUUGCUUUUGUGGUGUAAGAAAAAAACAUGCCUUAUCAAAUCCAAUACUUCCUAAUACUAAAUUGAACGACUGGGCUAGAAACUGGAAUUUAAUUAUAGAAAAACCUUACCUUCUGAAGUCUGGCAAAAUCGAUUUGACAAUUAUGAGGUUUAUUUUUAUGAGUAUUGAUAACAGGAAUUAUUCUUCAGUCAUGACGUUGCUGACAGAGGUUCUAGUCUUGCAAGGUCUUAUUACACUGUCGAAAGCAAAUUUGAAACUUCUUUGGCCAUUUGACGAUAAAGCAUAUGCCCGUGAGGUAAACAUAAAUAACCCAACUCAAGAUGAUUCCGCAGGGUGUGAUAUGACAUUUAGUAACAUAAAACCUCCUGGAUUUUCAAUUCAAAGUGCAGUAUUUGACGGAAGCACUCAUUACGAUAUCAGACUUGAAGGGGUAACUGUGAGCGAUUUUUCUUUCUCUUUUUGGUUAAGAACACCGAUACAGAAUGGUGCCUUAUUUCAUUACAAACCUGAUGAUCCGGUCACUGACUUGCAAGAUAUUAAAUUGUGGCUUGUAACUAAACAAAUUCACUUUGCAAGGGUGUUACAAUCUAAAACCGAAACCGAGGUUUGUGGGUCAAGUGUCUCGCAAGACGAGUGGUACUACAUUUCUUAUGGAAUAGAUAAAUCAACUGGGAAAAUGUGGAUGUACAUGGGUACCAGUAAAGUGUAUGAUAAAGAUGAAUCUUAUAAAGACAAUGUAAUCUUCCCUGUGCCGGGCACUCUUCGGGUUGGUGGAAUGUUCGAUAGCUCUUUCGGAAAUUUUGAAGGCUUAAUUACAUGUGUCGGCUUUCACAGUGAUUCGGAACCAAGUAUUUCCUUAACAAAGACGCCAUGUACUUCACCCACACGGGAUACAUACACACCAUCAUGCAGUAGUAGCAUCAGAGGGAACUUUGGUGGAACAAAGGGACGCUUUGAUCUCUAUUCAGGAUCUGUCAAUGCCCUCGAAGAAAUUUUUAGUGUAAACCGGUGCGGUGUGGUAGCAUGUGGUUCCUUAUGUUUACAACUUGGCGAAUGUCUUUACUUUCAGUAUGACAGAUUAACAGUUGGAUGCACAAGAUGUUAUAUAUUUAAAAUUGGUACUGGAAAUGCUAUUCCAGCAAAUGGACAUUUCUUUAAGUUAGCAUUUUUUGUAUGACAAUAUUUUUUAAAAAGUAAAGGAAACAAGACUUUUAAUCCAAAUUUAAGGCCUUCGAACAAUUUUUAGGAACAUGUCAUUGCGAAAUGCAUAACAUGUUGAGAUACACCGCAUGGCUUACUGUUGCAUUGUGGGAAGAAAUAGAGCAUGCUAUAAAAUAUAUUGUAAUAAUUUUUUUAUAAGGAGAAACCCGUUAUAAAUUA